AUGUCUCUACCAGCCAGUCCACCAGCCAAUGCUCCAACACCAUGGCAGAGCCAGCUCUCCGAACACUGCAGACGCACUAAGCUAGCACCCCCCGUCUUCAACAUUGUCUCCGAUCGGCGAGGAGGUCGAACUGCCUGGUCUAGUACCGUCACCGUUCAAGGCAGGAAUGUCGCCGCUCGCUACUGGUACGAUGGCCAAUACAUCAACAAUGCCAAAGAGGAUGCCGCCGAAGUCGCCCUGAAGCAGCUUCUGAACCAACCUCGUGCUCCUGCAGCCACCGUUUACCCGGGCCAAGUCUACCCCCAGGGCUAUGGCGGUAAUGGUGGGCUCUGA